GUGUGUGCGCUUUCACCACUCUCCACUUCUUCCAAGCGCCACUACCACCACCACUACCACCAUCUCCAUGUCACUCCCCGGCUCUCCCCCGCUCCUCUCGCCGGGCUCAGGCGCCCCUACUGCGGCCACGCUCUAUCGCUCCGCACCGGACUCGCUCCUCUCCUCCGUCGCUUCCACCGGCACCUCCAGCCCGGCGCACACCAACUCCAACUCCCACUCCCACUCGCACUCUCUGUCUCCGUCUCCUCGGCUCACCAGCAGCAUGCUCAGCGCCUUCCUGCCCGGACCAGGAGGCUCACUUGCCGGCUUGGGCAACGGAGGUGGUGCUGGAGCUUUGGGUCCUCUCGGCGGGCUCGGCUCUCUUACCACAGCCGGCUUGACCCCCGGUUCUCCCGGCUUGGCGCAGACCACUUCUAACCCGGGUCUGUGCAGCGAGUGCAAGCUGGUGGAGGUGCACGGAGUGAAGGUGGCCAGCUUCAGCGUGGACGGCCAGGAGCUGAUCUGCCUGCCUCAGGUGUUUGAUCUCUUCCUGAAGCACCUGGUGGGAGGGCUGCACACAGUCUACACCAAGCUGAAGAGGUUGGACAUCUCGCCGGUGGUGUGCACCGUGGAGCAGGUGCGCGUCCUGCGGGGGCUCGGCGCCAUCCAGCCCGGCGUGAACCGCUGCAAGCUCAUCUCCAGGAAGGACUUCGAGACGCUGUACCAGGACUGCACCAGCGCCAGCUCUCGUCCGGGCCGUCCUCCGAAGCGUUGUGCUGGUGCAGGGCUCCAGGAAAGCCCCAGGCUGCUGCACCCGGGCCUCCCCGGCCUGCUGUCCCCCAACCUGCUGUCACACACUGGACUGACGGCAGCAGCGAUGGCCGAGCUCCAGAAGCUUCAGAAGAUGAAGAUGAUGAUGAGUCUCCAGAACGGCAACGAGUCCGACAACGACGACAUGCACUCCAACACAGGAGGGAGUGAGUGUUCCUGGGAUAAAGAGCGUCUGACCAGCCCCCCUGCUGGAGCCCACAGCGGAGGUCUGGGUGGAGGAGGUGGAGGAGGACUUGGUUGUGGAGGACUAUCAGCAGGAGCCGCGGGAGGAGGAGCCGGAGGUGGUGCAGCGGGAGGCGGAGGGAGGGGGCCUGCCAUCGGAGCUGUCAAUCAACAACAACUCCAACAGCAGCAACAGCUACUUGCUAACAGGUUGGACCUGCCCUUCAUGAUGAUGCCCCACCCUCUGCUGCCCAUGGGGUUGCCUCCCGCGUCCGUCGCCAUGGCGAUGUCGCAGAUGAACCACCUCAACACCAUCGCCAACAUGGCCGCCGCCGCUCAGCAGAUACACACCCAUGUACACCGCGCGCCUGUCAUCAAGGAAAGGGUGUGUGACAGUCCCUCUCUCUCUCCGUCUAUCGAUGAGACCAACACUCCACUGCAGUCACAGCCCAGCAGCUCGGCCUCCAGCUCGCCCGAAAGACUGGGACUGGUGUCAGUUGAUGCAGAUGUUGCACUGACCAACCCUGCUGCACCCAUUAAGAAAAUAACAAAGGACAAAGAAGAGUCUUCGCUGGGACAAGCUCUGCCCCCCGGCUUCCCCGCUCCGUUCCUAUUCGCUGACGGCCUGUCGUCAGUGGAGACCCUGCUCACCAACAUACAGGGCCUGCUGAAGGUAGCGGUGGAGAACGCUCGGGUCCAGGACAAACAGAUCCAGGCGGAGAAGAGGGAACUGAAGAUGGAGCUCUACAGAGAACGAGAGAUGAGGGAGAGUCUGGAACGACAGCUCACCUCCGAACUACAGAGCAGAGCCUCCAUCCAGAAGCGUCUGAAGAAGGAGAAGAAAGCCAAGAGGAAGCUGCAGGAGGCGCUGGAGUUCGAGUCCAAGAGGAGGGAGCGAGUGGAGGACGCUCUGAAACACUCGUCCUCGUCCUCCCCCUCUCCUGAGCCGCUGCACGCCGCCAACAACAACAACAACAACAACAACAACAACAAGAACGACGCUGCUGUAGCCGAGGAUAAACCUGAACUUAAUGGAAACCAGCAAGACAACGGCGCUGUACAAGAAUCCCGGGCGUUUCUGAAGACCCCCAUGAUGUUCUAGAGAGAGCGACUCCGCCUCCAGAAACUCCACCCACCGCCCCCCCUCCACCCUUCUCCAACAACUUUCCCCUCCUCCCACUUCCUCC